AUGAGCGCAUUUGGGGGCCCUGGCGGCGGCCAAAUCAGCCAGAAGCCUAUUCCUCCACAACGAGGAAGUUUUCCCCUGGACCACGACGGCGAAUGCAAACAUGUCAUGGCUUCAUACCUCUCUUGCAUGAAGAAGGUCAAGGGCAUGAAUGAUGCUGAGUGUCGUAACCUUGCUAAGGCGUACUUGUCCUGCCGAAUGGACCGGUGA